AUGCCUCGACUCACUCUAGCCAAUUUUGUAGAAUUUGCGGGUCAACAUUUCCCAAGCGAAUUCGCUCAGCUCGCCAGGAUCAACCAGUAUACCUUCAAACAGCACUCGCUCGUAGAUACACAGGCCCAGGCUGUCCAAGUUGAUUUACUCCACAUUGGCCGCUAUCACUUCCAGAACACAGAAGCUCCGUUUGCUUGGGCUUAUGCGACCGAAAAAGGUAUAAGCUACCACUCCUUCGAACAACGGUAUCGUACCAUUCAGACGGUUUCAAGGUGCAACUAUGGCAGGAUCUACUAUCUAGAUGCACCGUUUCGUCAGAUCAUCUGUCUCGAUGACUCACAGUAUGAUCAUACAACCAUUCAUGGUCAUAACCCAGAUGUGAAUGUCUGGCGGGAUAUUGCGGAGACGGUUAUAUACUUCAUGUUCCUUUGGACAGGAAGAUUGAACUAUGUCGAGUGCGUCAAUGAAGGGGAAAUGCUGGCCAGCUUCAAGAUUGCGUGCACAAAUUUCCGACAAAACCAUAGACCAAAGUCUGUUACUCCACUGCCACCGCUUCAAUUACCUGGUCUGGAGAGUCGUUACGAUCUUGAGAGUCGCAAUAUAAUGCUAAACGCCCCUCAACAUAACAAUGUCUCACAAGAUUUGUCUCCUGCCAUGGCAAUGCAUGCAAAAGUUGUGGUUGCGAAGCGAUCAACUCCGGAUUCGAGCAGAGAUAUCAAGCAAUACAACAAGCCCGACAAAUCCCGCCAUUUUGCAAUUUACAUGGAGAACCAAUACGAAAUACAAACCCUCAAGGAUCAGCUUCGCACAAAAGAUAACAAGUACAGAACUACAAAAAUCAAGCUCAAGAAAGAAAAGGGAAAACGACGUACUGCAGAACUUUGCAACCGCGAUCGGGACAUACAGAUCGAGAUCACCAAGAGAGAGAACGCCGCGCUCAAAAAGGAUCUCAUCAGGAUCAGUCGUAGCCGUCAGCAUUAUCUCAACAAGUGUGGGAAGAACACCUCGAAGUCAAAGACGAAGGCAAAGAUGGUUAGCCCUCAGCCUUUGCGAGAAGAAGAGGAUGAUUCAGAGGAAAUGGUGUCGAGAAAGAGAAUUCGUCGUGGCGUCAAGGAUAAAUAG